GCGCACGGAGCACGAUAAGACAAGCGAGCGACGGGAACGCGGAAACACAGCAGAAUCGCCUGACGGUGAGCUGAGGUCGGUGCAGAACCGGCGACUGCGGGAACGAGCGACACUCGCCACAGAAACCGCGUCUGAAAACCCACAUUCUGGGUGUUACAGAUUUACUUUUAUUUCAGGUGAUCGGAUAAGAAACCCGUUUGAGUGGAUAACACCGAACCAGCGAAGGAAAAGGCGGAUUGUUUCUCCCUCCGACUUGGCUAGUAUUAGUCUGGAUUUGAGAAUGUCGGGGAGCCGAGAGGAGGAGCGGCGGAAACUCGCCGACAUCAUCAACCACUGGAACGCAAACCGGCUCGACCUGUUCGAGAUCAGCCAACCCACAGAGGAUUUGGAGUUCCAUGGGGUGAUGCGGUUUUACUUCCAGGACCGUGUGGCAGGGAAUUUUGCCACAAAGUGCAUCAGAGUGUCCAGUACAGCCACCACACAAGAUGUGAUCGAGACGCUGGCGGAGAAGUUCAGACCCGACAUGAGGAUGCUGUCUUCUCCAAAAUACUCCCUCUAUGAGGUCCACGUCAGUGGCGAAGAGAGGAAACUGGACUUGGAUGAGAAACCACUGGUCGUGCAGCUGAACUGGAAUAAAGACGACAGAGAGGGCCGCUUCGUUCUCAAGAACGAGAAUGACAUUAUGCCCAAGAGAACACUGACAAACGGUCCUGAAAAGGAGAAAGAGGGGGUGAUCCAGAACUUCAAAAGAACACUGUCCAAGAAGGAGAAGAAGAAAGAGAAGAAGAGGGAGAAGGAGGCUUUUUCCAGAAUCCCAGAUGGAGACGAUCAUGUGUUGAACCGCGAGGAUGGAGAGAACUCCAGAUUAGCAGCUGAGGUUUAUAAAGACAUGCCGGAGACCAGUUUCACAAGGACCAUUUCUAACCCCGAGGUGGUGAUGAAGAGAAGACGACAGCAGAAGCUGGAGAAGAGGAUGCAGGAGUUUCGGAGUGAAGACGGUCGACCCGACUCAGGAGGCACUCUGAGGAUCUACGCUGAUAGUCUGAAGCCCAACAUUCCCUACAAGACCAUCCUGCUCUCAACUACUGACAUGGCUGACUUUGCUGUGGCCGAGGCUCUGGAGAAAUAUGGCCUGGAGAAGGAAAACCCUAGAGACUACUGCAUCGCCCAGGUGAUUCAUGCAAAUGAUAAAGCAGUGAAGGAGACCAUAUUAGAUGACACAGACUGUCCUCUGCAGAUCCUCAGAGACUGGACGAGUGAUAAAGAGGCCUUAGUUUUCCAGCUGAAGAAGCGUCCUCCAGAUUACGCUCCAAGGAAAGGACGUAAGCCAGACAACCGGAUGGGGCCGCAGCACGGAUCCAUUCCUCCUGAGAAACUGCCUUACCUGGUGGAGCUGAGCCCAGGGCGAGGGAGUCACUAUGCCUACUACUACCGCCAUCAUGAAGAUGGCUCCGACUCCAGGGACAAACCCAAACUCUACAGACUACAGCACAGCGUUACUGAGGUCGGAUCUGACCGGAGUGAAGAUGGAAACAUCCAGCUGUUUGGGCCUGGGAUUCUCCCUCAUCACUGUGACCUUAUGCAUGCGGACGGCUUGGUGACCAUAACCCCAGCCAAUAUGGACGCAGAGACAUUUGUGGAUGGACAGCGGAUCGCUGACACUACAGUUCUGCGCAGUGGGGUGACCGUCCAGUUCGGAGCAACUCACGUCUUCAAAUUCGUAGACCCCAGUUAUGACCAGAGCAUGUCCAAAAGAGACCCCGGGCCCAUGAUGAAAGGCAGGCACAAAUCAGGGAGUGUCCCAGAGACGACCUUUGACCUCCACGGGGACAUUCACAGUGGCUCUGCUCUCCCUACAAGCAAGAGCUCAGGGAAGCUGGAGAUGGAGCGGUCAGGAAACAGCAGUGAAAGAGGCCUGGUGAAGCCCAUGAUUCGUGGAGAGCAGCAGGACUUUAGCAAGCAUGAUGGAAGGUCUCAGGACGGCCCGGAGCUCACUCUGCCCGCCAGCAUCGAGUUCAGGGAAAACUCCGAGGAUGCCUUCCUGUCGGCCAUCAUCAACUACACCAACAGCUCGACAGUGCACUUCAAGCUUUCUCCCACAUACGUGCUGUACAUGACCUGCCGUUAUGUCAUGUCCAGCCAAUACCGGCCCGACAUCAGUCCCUCCGAACGCACACACAAAGUCAUCGCCAUUGUCAACAAGAUGGUGAGCAUGAUGGAAGGAGUCAUCCAGGAGAUUGCUGAAGGUGAUCAGAAACAGAAGAACAUCGCUGGAGCUCUGGCGUUUUGGAUGGCGAACGCUUCUGAGCUGCUGAACUUCAUCAAACAGGACAAGGAUCUGAGUCGCAUCACGCUGGAUGCUCAGGAUGUGCUCGCUCAUCUUGUUCAGAUGGCCUUCAAGUACCUGGUGCACUGUCUGCAGUCAGAUCUCAAUAACUACAUGCCAGCUUUCCUGGAAGAUCCCGACGAGCAAAACCCACAGAGGCCUAAGAUAGAGGAUGUUCUGCACACGCUGACGGGUGCCAUGUCUCUGCUGCGCCGAUGCCGUGUGAACGCGGCGCUCACCAUCCAACUGUUUUCGCAGCUCUUCCACUUCGUCAACAUGUGGCUCUUUAACAAGCUGGUGACGGAGGCCGAUUCUGGCCUGUGCUCACACUACUGGGGCGCCAUCCUUCGCCAGCAGCUCAGUCAUAUUGAGGCCUGGGCUGAGAAACAAGGCUUGGAGCUGGCUGCAGACUGCCACCUCAGCCGCAUAGUCCAGGCGACGACCCUCCUUACUAUGGACAAGUACUCCAUGCAAGAUGUCCAGAACAUCAACAACACCUGCUUCAAGCUCAACUCUCUUCAGCUCAACGCUCUGCUGAGCAACUACCACUGCGCUCCUGACGAACCCUACAUUCCUCCUGAGCUGAUUGAUCACGUGGUGGCCGUGGCCGAAAACACUGCAGACGAACUGGCCCGAAGCGACGGGCGGGAGGUUCAGCUGGAAGAGGACCCCGACCUUCAGCUGCCUUUCUUGCUGCCUGAGGACGGCUACUCGUGCGAUGUGGUGCGCAACAUUCCCAACGGAUUCCAAGAGUUUCUAGAGCCACUUUGCCAGAGAGGUUUCUGUAGAUUGACUCCUCAUCCACGCUCGCCGGGAACUUGGACCAUUUAUUUUGAAGGAGCCAACUGUGACAGUCACUUCUCAGCCGACACCUCAGAACUGCCAAUGCGGAAGGAACCGGAAAUUGUGACCGUGACUUUGAAGAAACAUAAUGGAAUGGGCCUCAGUAUUGUGGCGGCCAAGGGUGCCGGGCAGGACAAACUUGGUAUUUACAUCAAAUCUGUUGUCAAAGGAGGUGCAGCAGACAUGGAUGGGCGUCUGGCUGCUGGAGACCAGUUGCUUAGCGUGGAUGGACGUAGUCUUGUCGGCCUCUCGCAGGAGAGAGCGGCAGAAUUGAUGACACGAACUGGGUCUGUUGUAACGCUUGAGGUGGCCAAACAAGGAGCCAUUUAUCACGGUCUGGCCACACUUCUUAACCAGCCAUCCCCCAUGAUGCCUCGCGCGUCAGACCGUGGACGUGGCGACAAAGGAAAGCUGAGACCAAAGAGUGAGGGCUUUGAGCUCUACAACAACUCUGUACAGAACGGCUCACCUGAGAGCCCACAGGGCACGUGGGACACCUAUCCUGAACCAAAGAAAGAGGACAGGUUGUUGAAGAACCGAGCAGACCAUCGAUCCAGCCCAAAUGUGGCCAAUCAGGCUCAGAGUCCAGGCGGGAAGCCUGUUUAUCCGGGAGCUCCAGGAAAGAUCACUUCGGUCUCGACGGGUAACCUCUGCCCUGAUGAGGAGCCCUCUCCACCCCGUCCAGAGGCCUAUCCCAUCCCCACUCAGACUUACCCUAGGGAAUACUUCACCUUCCCAGCCUCCAAAUCUCAGGACAGGAUGGGCCCUGGCCAGCCCUGGCAAAACAACGAACAAGAGCCUCUUCCCCCUAUGGAUAACCACUCCAACAACAGCAUGGUUAUGCAGCGGGUGGCGCGAUCUCAGGAGGAGCUGUGUGACAUGCCGGGCGGGUACCCAGGUGAACGUCUGCGCCAGGAAGAUCUAAUGCUCCUCCAGCAGCAGCAGCAGCGUGAAGCUGAGUACCAGCGAGGUGUUGGAGAACACUGGAACCACCAGGUGUCUUCCUCAGUGGAGUCCAGCACCUCCAGCCAAGAGCACCUCAACUUCUCCUCAUCCUCUGGCUCCAGGACCCAGGGCAACCACAAGAGUGGCCCAGGCCGCUGGAAGACCCCACUUGCACCUCAUUCCGGCCCUGUCUCCCAACCCUCCCGUUCAGACCUUCCUCCACCUCCACCUCCUCCACCAGCACACUACGAUUUUGAGCCGCAAACCGACCUGCCGCUUCCACCGCCACCUUCAGCUACACAACAACAGCAGCAGGCUGCAGCCGACCGCAAGAAACGUGAAGACCAACAGCGCUGGUAUGAGAAGGAAAAAGCUCGUCUUGAAGAGGAGCGAGAGAGGAAGAGACGAGAUCAGGAAAGGAAAUUGGUGCAAAUCCGAAACCCUUCGGUUUCUGGUCCAGUUAUGCACAAUAACCAGCAUGGCCCGGUGCCACCAUCUCCACAAAUGCCUCCCAUGACACUUCCCCAAUCAUACCUUCCUCCAGUCCAACAACCUCCGCCACCACAACCGGCUCGACCCGAUAAACUCUCCAGUCUUCCUCGCCAGCCUCCGCAAGACACCGUAAUCCGGGACCUCCUGCCGCAGCAGCAGCCGCGCACCAUCGAGAGACGCGACCUGCAGUACAUCACCAUCAGCAAGGAGGAGUUAUCGGCCAGCGACAGCCUGUCACCCGACCCCUGGAAGAGGGACGCCCGGGAAAAACUGGAGAAGCAGCAGCAGCUUCACAUCGUUGACCUGCUGGACAAGGAGAUCCAGGAGCUGCAGGCUAAACCCGAGCGCACGGCCGAGGACAACGACCGCCUGCGCAAACUCAUGCUGGAGUGGCAGUUCCAGAAGAGACUGCAGGAGUCCAAGCAGAACGAGGAGGACGAGGAGGAGGAAGACGAUGAAGACGUGGACACCACGCUCAUCAUGCAGAGACUGGAGGCCGAGAAGAGAGCACGGCAGACUGCUGUUCCAGCAAUCUCUGUACUAGACUUGCUGCAGGACGAGGAGCGACGACGGAAGCAGCAGCUGGAGGAAAUCCGCAAGCGCGAAGCAGAAGAGCGAGCCAAACAGGAGGAGGAGAGACGCUGGAGAGAGGAGGAGAGAGCCAGGAGAGAGGCUGACGAGAAGAGGAGACAGGAGGAAGAGUACUACACCCGCCUGGAGGCAGAGCGGCGCCGGCAGCACGAGGAAGCUGAGCGCAAGCUGCCGACGCCAGAUGAGACGGGUCUGUACAGACCCCCUUUACCCCGGGACUACCAGCCCCCUUCUCCCUCAAGCGCACCCGCCACUAACCACACCACCAGCGCCCCCCCGCCUCCGCCUCAGAGAAACACCUCCUACCUCAAAACCCAGGUCGCCUCCCCAGACACCAUUUACACUGCCAAGUUUGUCUCGUACAAUGACGAGGAGGAGGAGGAGGAUGAGGAAGAUGCGGGCCUAACAGGUCAGGUUAAGCUCUCGGCCACCCGCAAGUCCUACGGCGACCUUCCGCCUGCCCCAAAGCCCCAGCCGCCGCCAACCGCGCGCAAGCCCCGUCCCGUCUCAGAUGGCAUCUUUCUGUCCAACUCAUUCCAGCUGCCCGCUGGGCUCAAUGCCAACAGUACUGCUCUCAAGACAGGGCAGCCCCCUCUCCCCUUCACCAAACCCAGCUUCAUCCCAUCAGCCAACUCCAAAGGAUUUAAUUCAUACACUGGAAACACAACAGGACUAGUAUCAGGAGAGGUGUAUAAAGACCCGCGAGACAAGUGGACCAAAGGCAGCCCGGAUCAAGAGAACACAAUAGGAGGAGCUCCAGAAAACCUGACCUUCAAGGAGCGCCAGAGACUCUUCUCGCAGGGGAAAGAGGUCUCCAAUAAAGUCAAAGCGUCCCGAAAGCUGAUGGAGCUGGAGAACGAACUCAACAUAAAACAGUAGAGCUCAAAACACAGGACUCCAUGCCAAUCUGUGACCACCACACACACACAAAAACACACACACACAC